CCCCCCCCCCCCCCCCCCCCCCCCCCCCCCCCCCCCCCCCCCCCCCCCCCCCCCCCCCCCCCCCCCCCCCCCCCCCCCCCCCCCCCCCCCCCCCCCCCCCCCCCCCCCCCCCCCCCCCCCCCCCCCCCCCCCCUCCCCCCCCCCCCCCCCCCCCCCCCCCCCCCCCCCCCCCCCCCCCCCCCCCCCCCCCCCCCCCCCCCCCCCCCCCCCCCCCCCCCCCCCCCCCCCCCCCCCCCCCCCCCCCCCCCCCCCCCCCCCCCCCCCCCCCCCCCCCCCCCCCCCCCCCCCCCCCCCCCCCCCCCCCCCCCCCCCCCCCCCCCCCCCCCCCCCCCCCCCCCCCCCCCCCCCCCCCCCCCCCCCCCCCCCCCCCCCCCCCCCCCCCCCCCCCCCCCCCCCCCCCCCCCCCCCCCCCCCCCCCCCCCCCCCCCCCCCCCCCCCCCCCCCCCCCCCCCCCCCCCCCCCCCCCCCCCCCCCCCCCCCCCCCCCCCCCCCCCCUCCCCCCCCCCCCCCCCCCCCCCCCCCCCCCCCCCCCCCCCCCCCCCCCCCCCCCCCCCCCCCCCCCCCCCCCCCCCCCCCCCCCCCCCCCCCCCCCCCCCCCCCCCCCCCCCCCCCCCCCCCCCCCCCCCCCCCCCCCCCCCCCCCCCCCCCCCCCCCCCCCCCCCCCCCCCCCCCCCCCCCCCCCCCCCCCCCCCCCCCCCCCCCCCCCCCCCCCCCCCCCCCCCCCCCCCCCCCCCCCCCCCCCCCCCCCCCCCCCCCCCCCCCCCCCCCCCCCCCCCCCCCCCCCCCCCCCCCCCCCCCCCCCCCCCCCCCCCCCCCCCCCCCCCCCCCCCCCCCCCCCCCCCCCCCCCCCCCCCCCCCCCCCCCCCCCCCCCCCCCCCCCCCCCCCCCCCCCCCCCCCCCCCCCCCCCCCCCCCCCCCCCCCCCCCCCCCCCCCCCCCCCCCCCCCCCCCCCCCCCCCCCCCCCCCCCCCCCCCCCCCCCCCCCCCCCCCCCCCCCCCCCCCCCCCCCCCCCCCCCCCCCCCCCCCCCCCCCUCCCCCCCCCCCCCCUCCCCCCCCCCCCCCCCCCCCCCCCCCCCCCCCCCCCCCCCCCCCCCCCCCCCCCCCCCCCCCCCCCCCCCCCCCCCCCCCCCCCCCCCCCCCCCCCCCCCCCCCCCCCCCCCCCCCCCCCCCCCCCCCCCCCCCCCCCCCCCCCCCCCCCCCCCCCCCCCCCCCCCCCCCCCCCCCCCCCCCCCCCCCCCCCCCCCCCCCCCCCCCCCCCCCCCCCCCCCCCCCCCCCCCCCCCCCCCCCCCCCCCCCCCCCCCCCCCCCCCCCCCCCCCCCCCCCCCCCCCCCCCCCCCCCCCCCCCCCCCCCCCCCCCCCCCCCCCCCCCCCCCCCCCCCCCCCCCCCCCCCCCCCCCCCCCCCCCCCCCCCCCCCCCCCCCCCCCCCUCCCCCCCCCCCCCCCCCCCCCCCGUGUUCUCUGCCGGCACCCCCCCCAGGAGGGGUUAUGGAGAUGAGGGUCUUCUACCAGAAAUGAAGUAG